CCGGAUAAGAACAGACAGGAUCUGUCGCUUCACGCUGUCGAGAAAAAAAAAUGCGUAAUUUUCCUUUCAAUUUUAACUUGUCUUGUAGGUGACGAGUUCACUUCUUGAUCGUUUACCACAGGGCUUACAUUUUUACCCAGUUCCGGUUUGUUUGUAGCCCCGAAAUACAUUUUUUUCAUUCAUUUUUUACGUGCCUGUUUGUGUCAUUUGCACUUCCUGGUAGAAACCAUGGCAGGCUCAGAAGACCAGAAGUUCUCCCUCCAGGAGGUCCUAGACACUUUUAAGUUGUGUCUGUCGGAAAAUAAAGAAGUCUAUCUAGAACAGUACGUCGCUGGAUGGCGUGGGCUUGUAAAGUUUCUGAACAGCUUGGGAAGUGUCUUUGGCUUCAUUUCUAAGGAUGCUGUCAGCAAGAUCCAGAUCCUUGUGAGUUAUAUGAAGGGUGAGAACGCUUCUCACUAUGCUACUGUGCAGUCGAUGGUAAAAUACGAACUGGACAAUAAUCUCGUGGAUGUGAACAAGAAAGGAAGCCACCCAGAGUCUGGCUGUCGUACUCUGCUGAGGCUCCACCGCGCUCUGAGGUGGCUGGAGCUCUUCCUGGAUCGCCUGCGCACCAGCACAGAAGACAGUAAAACAUCUGCCCUGUGUGCAGAGGCCUACAACGAGUCCCUUGCCCAGCACCAUCCGUGGAUGAUCCGUAAGGCUGCGGGCAUGGCGUUCCUCGUGCUUCCUGGUCGCCAAACCUUUUUCGAAGUAAUGAAUGUUGGCCCGCCUGAGCAAGUUGUGGCCAAGCUGGGGGAGGCCCUACCUCUCAUCUCUGAGGUGUACCAGAUCACAGAGGACCUAUAUGCUCAACAUAACCUGCUUGAUUUACCUUAGAAGCAAGAAGUGCUAAUAUCUGACGGCUCAUACUUAAAUAUUUGUAACUUGUCCUUGGUGAAAGGCUGCUGAACAAGAUGCUUCUGCUCCUUGGAUUGUGUCAUAACUAGCUGUAAUACCACCAAGAUUAAUUUUGAAACUACUGUAUACAUGUUUUAACAUAAAAUUCUGUACAUUUUCCUCCACGUAA